UCACUUUGGCCUAACCCACUGCCGGAAGACUUCUCUUCAUUUUCACCAGAGAUCAACAACGCAUUUAGCUAGCUAUGUAACUUCAUUCACCAUGCCAGAAAGUACACUUUGAUUAGCCAGCAGAGAGACGACUACUCCAUCACUCGACUGUCCAUUCACUUCAGGACUGGCAAAAGUCGGACCGAAUAAAUCUACCCUGCAAGCUAGCUAACCACAGCAUACGUCCCGGGACUCAAGUGAGAGGAGCAACAUGCCCAAGGACUCCGACAAACCUGGGGGUGGAGAGGACAGAACUGACUCCUCUGAACAGUCCCAUAGUAAGAGAGUCUGGAGUGGCACACCUAGUCCUCACAGAGGGAACACCCCACAAUCCAGCCCACCAAGAUUUGUGUCAGCGGAGGAGCUCAUGGAGACGGCAAAAGGUGUGACCAACAUGGCCCUGGCCCAUGAGAUCGUAGUGAAUACUGACUUCCAGGUGAAGCCCUCAGAGCCAGCAGAAGGAAGUUUGGAAAAAAGGGUGAAGGAUAUUAUGCAUAAAGCAUUCUGGGACGUUCUAGAGGCACAACUGAGUGAGAACCCGCCAUCAUAUAAUCACGCCAUCAAACUUCUUGCUGAGAUCAAAGAGACUCUGCUGUCCUUUCUGCUUCCGGGUCAUGGUCGGUUGAGGGGGCGAAUUGAGGAGGUGCUAGACCUCUCUCUGAUCCAGCAGCAGGCAGAGAACGGAGCUCUGGACAUCAGUAAGGUGGUUGAGUUUGUCAUUGGUAUGAUGGGUUCACUCUGCGCUCCGAGCCGGGACGAGGAAAUCAGGAAGCUUCGGGAAAUCACAGAUCUUGUGCCUCUAUUAAAGGCGGUAUUUCCAGUGAUGGAUAAAAUGAAACUUGAUAUGGCCAAUUUUGCAGUCAGCAGUAUUCGACCCCACCUCCUGCAGCAAUCCGUUGAGUACGAACGGAAGAAAUUCCAGGAGUUUGUUGAAAAACAACCCAACGCCUUAGACUUUACUGAGAAGUGGCUUCAAGACUCUGCUAAGUCUGUACUUCAUGAAGAUCAAGCGGGUGGUGUGGGUGGUUUACCCACUCCUCUCGCUGUGCACAACCAUGCUUACCUGUGUCUGCUUAAAUGGAACCACGCCUCUGAUCCUUUCCCUGAGACUCUUCUCAUGGACCAGGUGCGUUUCCAGGAAAUGCAGCAGGACUUGGAGCAGCUGGUUCUGGUGGCGUCUGUGCUGCUCAUAGUGUACAACACCACGGGAGAGGCCAUCUCAGGCCUGCCAGGCCUUAUGGACAGACUGAAGAGGACCAUCGGGGUUCUGCUCACAGAGAUGCACAUGCCGUCUUUCAGUGCAGAUGAAGCCUUGGCUACCAUUGGAGAGAGGAUGUGUGUGGAGCUAAGUGGAUGUCUGUCUGAGCAUGGCUUCUCCCCAUUCUCCACCAACCGGCAGAGCAUUCUGAAAGGCCAAAUCUCGGCUGUUACUCUCCCAGACAACGCCAUCCGCAGGCUUAUAGGCUCCCGCAUCCAGACUUACCUGCUUGCCUUCCUGGAGUCCAGUCACAGGAGUGCUCCAACCCUGCCAGGGGGCCUAGCUCCAGUCAGCAAAGAGCUGGAAGAGAUUGCCGUGAAGUUUGGCCGUCUGGUCCACUUCAACAAGUUGGUUUAUUCCCCUUUCUACCAAAAGAUCCUUCAGGAGAUUGUGCAAGAAGGAGAAAGUAAUGACACCUAGGCCUUAACACUGAACUGUUAAUUAAAAUAGGAUUACACUGUAGGUUAUCCAUGCUUUCCAUUGUAUGGCUAAAGAUAAUGUAAUAAUGACAGUAUUGUACAAUGCCAGUAUUAAUUGAUAUCAAAAUACUUAUACAAUAAGCUCUGUUGCAUUCACAUGUUACUUAUUUGAUGAUGGGUGUGUCUGUUUCUGGAUUGGUACAACAAACACGGGUAAAAAAAAAGCAUAAUACAAAAUUGCAUGUUUUCUUUUACUUGCAUUAAAUAAGGAGUUCUGUGAUA